UAAAUGAGCUCUUGUAGACUGCUCCACCUGAAAAACGACAUGUCAGUAACGUGAUGCCUUACUUAUAUAAUGCGUCUCUCCAGUAUGGGACUGAUACAGGACUGAAGAGGAUGCUCAGAAACACCUGCUCCAUCAUACAUUAGAUACAACAUUAGUUACCAGAGUUGCAACAGUUAGACUAAACUAAAGAAGAGAUUUUAGACUAAAACUAAGUGAAAACGACAAGUGGAGACAACACAAACACAAACGAGCGGACGGGGCAUUUAUGAGAGGAGCAUUUAGCCCUGCAGACCUGUCUGAUCCACAGCAUCGGGAGGCAAGAUGCCAGUCCAGAUACCGGAUGACACCGACUUCUUAUCUUUCCGAGAUCAAUGUGAAAGUCAGGAUGGCUGGGUCGCCCGUUAUAAUAAAGGAGGAGUGACGGUAUGGUGUCGAGAUGAGGAGUGCAAAACUGUGCAGAAACUCAAGAUGAGAAUCGUGUGCAAGGACGUGACAGCAGAGACUCUCUACGACGUCUUGCACGACACAAGCUACCGGAAAAAAUGGGACACCAACAUGAUCGACACUUUCGAUAUCGGAAGACUGACAGUUAAUGCAGAUGUAGGAUAUUAUUCCUGGAAAUGUCCGAGUCCUUUGAAGAACAGAGACUUUGUCACCAUGCGGUCAUGGCUUCCUCUUGGCAAUGACUAUCUGAUAAUCAACUACUCUGUCAAACACCCGGAAUACCCACCAAAGAAGGAUUAUGUCAGAGCCGUGUCUUUACUCACAGGGUACUUGAUCCAAUCCAAUGGAGCAAACUGCUGUACUCUUUAUUACUUGACGCAGGUGGAUCCACGAGGAUCUUUACCCAAGUGGGUAGUGAACAGAGUCUCACAGUUUGUGGCACCAAAGGCCAUGAAAAAGAUUUACAAAGCCUGCCUGAAGUACCCAGAGUGGAAGCGGAAACACGACCCUAAUCUGAAGCCGUGGAGAUACCCGGAGCAGAACACGCUGCCCUGCAUCAGUGUAGCUGACCUGACGGUGCAGAGAGCAGAUUCACUGGAGAACAUCGAUGAGAGCAGUGUGAGUGAGGAGAAGGCCCAGCGCCACAGUGAUGAUGAAGAGACCUAAGAUAGCUCACAGUGACUCUUCUUGUGUUUUGUGUGCAUGUGAAAGUGAGUGUGUAUCAUUCUCAGUUGAGGAUGGUUCCCUUACACUCAUUCUGUAAAUCAUACACUCCCUUCUUUGGAUUGAACAACAUAACAAUAUAGUGUUUUGCAGAGAUUUAAAGACCUCCAUUCUAUGUCCACACACUGAAGAAGGGUCUGGUUGUAUUAGACAUGUUUAACUGAUACUUUUUAUAGUGUAUGAUGAACUCAUUUAGUGUAAAAUGCCUUACACAGUAUCAAUAAAUACUCUGGAAGCAGUGCCCCUCAGUUGAAAUCGCAUUUGGGGGUUGCAAAUCGUGUUGCGAUUCAAAUAGCACUCCAGGGGCACCACAAUAUGACCGAAAGGGCACUUUACUAUUAGCAAUUAAAGGAGCAGGGCCCCGAGUCUAAUGUUAAAUGUUCUUUAGAUUAUGAAAAUGUUCUUCACACACUUAAGAAAAAACUGGUUCUUUUAAGAACCGUUUACUGGAAGGUUCUUUGAGGAACCCAAAAAGGGCUAUUCUAUGGCAUCACUGUGAAACCCCCUUUUUGGCACCUUUAUUUUUAAGUGUACGAAGCACAACUAAUUCUGUCAAAACAUAACUUAUAAAACACCUUCCAGCCCCAUGAUCUGAGGUGAAGAUUUCCUGUGUGAGGUUGCAGAUAGCAAGGACUUCCUUAAAACCCUCUGGUGUUGUUCAGUCAUUUUAAGGUCGAAAAAAAAAUUAUUUGAAAUUUUAAAAACCACUACUUCAUCCGAGUGAAUGACUGGAAGUCACUAUGUGACUACAAAAAAAAUGUUUGGACUUGAUUCGAAAAAGCUAAAUGGUCGUAAAAAAAUAUAGUAACACUUGUGUUGUUCGCUGUCGGAAAUAGGCAAAAUACAGAGCAUUUUUUGUGUGUACAAUUUACAAAUCAUCCUCGAUGCAGAAAAAAAGUGCACAGCAAUGAAGAGGUGACAAAACAGACACACCCACCCCCACCACAGACACAUGUAUAAACUGAUGUGACUAACACAGAGCAAGUUUUUGCAAAUGAGAAAAAAUAAAAUCAAUAAUUCAGCCACAAUGCAGUAAAAACACAGACACCAAGGAAGGGUUUACACUCUAAAACAUCGAGAGUACAAAACAGACACACCCACUCAAACACACACACAACGCACUAUUAUACACACACAAAUGAUCUGGUGUGGCUGUAAUAAUAUGGCAAAAUUGAACCAAAAGACUCAAAUAAGAUGUUGAAAUCAGGUUGAUUAACCUCUGAUAAAGACUUCCUGUUCAUUUUGUUUACAUUUUGGUUGAAUUUUGAUGUUAUGUGAAACAAAAUGUCUUUCUCUGUGUUUAGGUUUGACUAGUAAAAUGAAUGCAAAAACUGACACUUCAAUAUUUCAAACACACACACACACAGAAAAAACUCUAAACCUUUACGAAAAAGUUGUAUAUGAGAAUGUCUAAAUAUAUAUCCAAAUCCACAACUUAAUAAAAAUAAGUAUUUAUGUCUAAAAACAACUUUAGCCUUUAUAUAUAGAGCUAUAUAGGAAUCUAGUGGUUAAACCAUGGCAUUACAGAUAUCGUUCUUUUUUUUUUUUUUUACUCCCACCAGAUGGCACUGGUUUGUAUUUUAACAUGAAAUACAGCUUUAAUUGAAAAGUAAUAAAAAAAAAAUAGAAAAAUUGUACAAAAAAUAUAUUGCAUUGAUUUUACUGAAAACAAUAAAAGUUACAUUUCAGGUCUUUGGUCGCUUUUGACCGUGAACAACACAAGUGUGACCCCCAAAUGAACAAUAACGGAGGGUUAAACUUUCCUUUAAAGUGAUGAAAAUCUGCUUUGAAGAGACCUCAGGGGCUGCAAAAAUCAGUUCUGUUUAAUACAUUUGAAUCUCUCUGUGUGUGCUUUUGACUCAGUGGCAUUUUUCUCAAUGUAUUGUCUUAAGAAUAAAAAGUUUGUAUUUAUAAAACUA